AGAUAGAGAAAUGCUCUGGGUUAAGCGAAGCACCAAAAUUUAAAGAAAUCAUCACCGUGACGCUGCAACCAGAGAAGAUUAUUGAAAAUGACUACCGCCAUUAAAAUCAACCAAACUCACAAUCGAAAUGACCCGAACCGUUUGAUUACACGGAUCCUAACGAACCUGUCCAAAUUAGCCGUGGAUUCUACCUUCAACGACUCUCUCAAAGGCGUCACCGGUCCUAGGAAACUUUAUAAGAUUGUGCAAGAGAGAUUGAAGCGUCCACCAGCUUCACUCCCCUCAAGUCACUGUAAGAAACCCGAAGAUGCAAAAUUAGCAGCGGAGAUGCGAAUGAAAGUUGAAAAAAUGAUUGAAGAUAUGGCUAAGUUAAAUCAGCAAGUUGAGACGUCAGCCAAGCGCAUAGUAGAGGAAACUGAGCCUGUGAAGAAGGGACCAAAUGAAGGCAUCAAGAAAUUGAUGGUUUUGGAACCUGAGAAGAGAAUUUUCAUCCGGUCUCGGUUGUAAUCUAAAGCUAACUGGGACAACCUUGGAAUCUGUAUUGUAAAAAGUGCGAAGCAUCUGAUAUACAUAUGAACGUUAGCUCUCUUAGUAUGGUGGAUACGGAAUGGCUGUACACUGUGAUGUCUUUUAAAUCUAAAUCACAACUUGUAAUAUUAAUAUGUUGUGUUUUAUCUAUGAAUAUUCCAAUAAUUGUGAUUUA